AUGGCCGCCACGUCGAUCCAGGACCGCACGCCCGAAUUCCGGAGCAUCUUGCAGCAGGCCCAGCGCCGCGUGCAGAAUAAUAAGGCCAGCGCCCAGCGCCAGUCGCUGCUGUCGCAGUCGCAGAAGCAGGCCGCCGAGUCGCCGCAACGGCAGCGCAGCGAGUUCGCUCGCAAAGCGGCCGAGAUCGGGCGCGGCAUUUCUGGUGCCAUGGCGAAGCUGGAGCGCCUGGCCCAGCUGGCUCGCCGCAAGACGCUCUUCGACGACCGUCCCGUCGAGAUUGCCGAGCUCACGUACGUCAUAAAGCAGGACCUGGCUCAGCUCAACACCUCGAUCAAGCAACUGCAGCAGCUGUCGGCCGCCCAGCACCCCCAGAACCAGAAGGACCAGGAAGGCGAGCACAACAAGAACGUGCUGUUGCUGCUGCAGGGCCGCGUGGCCGACGUUGGCCUGUCUUUUAAGGAAGUGCUCGAGGUCCGCACCAAGAACAUUCAAGCCUCCAAGUCGCGCACUGAGAACUUCGUCUCUUCCGUCUCCUCGAACGCCCAGCCCGGCCUCGAGCCCGGCCGCACCGACUCGCCGCUGUACCAGACACCAUCUCGGGGCCGCAGUCCAAAGCCUGGGUUCCAGAAUACAAAUGCCGCUCAGCAAGAUCUCCUGACGCUGGAGCCCAAUGGUUCCGGCUCGUCCGCGCUGAUGGGAGGAAGAGGCGGUGCGGGAAUGUCGGAUCAGCAGCUCAUGCUCAUGGAAGAGGCUCAGCCUGCGAACACGUACAUCAACCAGCGUGGCGAAGCCAUCGAGGCGAUCGAACGGACCAUCUCCGAGCUUGGUGGGAUCUUCGGCCAGUUGGCACAAAUGGUGUCAGAACAGAGCGAAAUGAUCCAGCGCAUUGACGCCAACACGGAAGACGUCGUCGACAACGUCCAGGGUGCCCAGCGCGAACUGAUGAAAUACUGGAACCGCGUCAGUGGGAACAGAUGGCUGGUCGCCAAAAUGUUUGGUGUUCUUAUGAUUUUCUUCCUUCUUUGGGUCCUUAUCGCUGGCUGA